AUGAUCUAUGCUCGCGUCCUUGACCUCGAUGCCGAAACCCUUGCUCAUGCUCAGGCUCGCCAAACCGCAGAUGUCCUUUGUCGUCAGGCCAUUCAAGUCUGCGGGACGGGCCAUCCACUGAAACCGAGCAUCCGCCGUAUCCUCGGAUGGAUUCUCUUCCGCCUCUUUCAAGGGACCGGUACUUCGUCAUACCUAGAAGAUGCCAUCCACUUGCAACGAGCGGCUUUGACGGAUCUGGCCGUCUCGGACAUUCAUAGGCACCGACAUCUUCGUUACCUCGGCAUCUACCUCAUCUGUCGAUACGAGCUACUCACCGAACCAGUUGAUCUGGACAGUAGUCUAUCGAUAUUUGAGGACGCCAUUCGACUCUGUCCUCCGACACAUAUCGAUAGAUCAAGAACGGUACAUGACAUGCUCUCCGCUGUGUAUCGCCGGUUCGAGUGGAGCGGUAAGCUUGACGACCUUUCAGAGGCAAUAUUGUUUGGACGCCAGGCAGACGAUGCCCUACCUGAGAACCACCCUCGACGUUUCUCAACGGCCCAUAAUCUAUCGACAAUACUGGCUCUUCGCUUCAGUGAGGCAGGGAAUAUCGCGGAUCUAGAUGACGCGUUGUUCUGGGGCCAGCGUGCUGCGUCGACCAUUCUGCCCUCGCACAGCGCUUACUUGGACAUCACUUCGGAUUAUAUCUCCCGCCUGUGUACUCGAUUUGAGACUAUUCAUUCUAUGAGCGACCUCGAGACUGCAAUAUCCCUUGGAAACGAAUGCCUGGCUGCCAUCCCCGAUACUCAUGUCAACAAAGCCAAAGCGAUACACUGUCUCUCCAGAGCGCUCUUGCUGCGUGGUCGCCACACGAACAAUCGAACAACGUACUGCGACAUUCCUAUGGCGCUUUCCUACCUAGAGGAGGCCCUCAUUGACGACGAGCGCGACGUUCGCUCACGAAUCCAAUAUGUCACACAUGUUCUCGAUCUCAUACAACAACGGCAUCAGGAUGUCUUCAAAGCAGAAUCCCCGACGACGUUGCAGCUCCUCGGCGUAUAUGAACGAGUCGUCGGUCUUCUACCGCUAGUGGCUUACUUCGACCUUCAUCCGCGAGCACGCUUACGAUCUCUCACCAUCGGUCAGAGCACGGCCAUCACCGGCGCAUCACUCGCUCUUCAGCUAUCACGACCAGAGAAGGCCCUUGAACUCCUUGAGCAAGGCCGCGCGAUUUUCUGGACGCAUACGCUGCACUUGCGCUCUCCAUUUGAUGCCGUACCAGACGCUUUCCGCGACCGAUUAGCGACUCUUGCUCAACAGCUAGACAAGGUCUGUGAUUCUUCACAGGAAAAUAACGACGCAAGAAUAGUGGAUGCCCAAAUAUCUCGGAGAAGGAAGCAGACGGAGGAGUUCAACUUGCUUCUCGACGAAGUUCGCAAAAUACCUGGAAUGGAACAUUUCCUGAUGCCUCUGCCUUUCUCGGUGCUUACAAGGGCAGCAGAGAGAGGUCCCGUUGUGGUGUUGGUUCCCAGUUCGAUGGCAUGUCAUGCGCUCAUCCUGAAGUCGUGUGGCCAUAUGAUCAAAAUACCGCUCGAACCAGUGGUCACGGAAUCAUGGCUUGCGGACACGGGGGCGGGUUGGCGAACCGCCGUGGCGAACGCGCGAUCUGUAUCCGUGGAUCGUCUCAAAAUGUCCAAGACUCGACCAACUCAGAGAGUUGACAAUAUCCUGCGUCGUCUCUGGCACAGUAUCGUCAAACCGGUACUCACAGCCUUGGAAAUAUCGGUAAGUGAUUACGGAGCUCCAUGGCCUCGUCCCCGUCUGUGGUGGUGUCCAACAGGACCGUUUGUCCACCUCCCCAUCCACGCCGCAGGCGCAGAUGGCCAAUGGUGCUCGGAUUACGUCGUCUCCUCGUACACGCCUACGCUUAGCGCACUUCUUGGUAUCAGAUUGAACUAUACGCCAGUGAAAAAGCAGGAUGUCCGGGCGCUGGUAGCUGCAGUGCCACGUCCACACGCGCAACAGUGGUCCGACCUCGCAUCGACUCGCGAGGAGCUGGAUCUCGUACAGGCUUCCCUACCUGCGGGAUCGUUGAUACCCCUCUCGACCUCGGAUAACGCCUCGGUUCUCAUCGGCAGCCGCGACGGAGCGACAAUAUUGCACCUCGCGUGUCACGCACAUCAGGACCCGGACAAUCCCCUCGAAAGUGGCUUCGUCAUGCACGACGAGAUGCUCACGAUCGAAAAGCUGAUGGCGAUACCUCUUCAGCGCGCUUUCAUGGCGUUUCUGAGCGCUUGCGAGACCGCGAAGGGAGACAAGAAUCAACCAGACCAGACCAUCCACCUCGCGGCUACGAUGCUCUAUGCAGGGUUCAAGACCGUGAUCGCUACCCUCUGGUGCGUUCGCGAUACCGUAUGUGCACUCUGCUCAUCGCGACCUCGAUACAAGGUCCAUGAACGACUUGGACGGUCCGACCGUUGCACAAACGAUAUACGCAUACGUUUUCGAUGGUGA